AUAGAACACAAAAUUACAUCAUACCUUUUUAUUAAAAUUGCUAAGUUUAUCCUUUUAACUUCGAUAAGUCAAUUUUACAUUGAAGAGACUUUUAAUAUACGGGUGAGAGAGCAUAGGUAUAAUAAAAAAUUACAUUUAAGAAAUUAUCGAUUAAUCGAAGAAUGUGAAGAAAAAGCUGUUUUAAAUUUUAUAGAACCACAACAACAUACACCUAACUGUGAUUAGUAUUAAGCAAAAGUUAUAUCCAACAACAGAAAUGGGAACAAACAAACAAACGCAAAAUCAAGAUGAAGUUCAUUAUAUGAAGAAUUCAAAAAACAAUAUAAGGUAAAAUGGAAAAAAGAAAAAUUAUCUCAUAUUGAAAGAAAUUUUUUCAAGCAUCUUGAUUACGUAGAUUUUAUUAGAAAAAAAAAUGCAUCAAUUAGAAAUAAGGUUUACCAAAAAUUAGUACUUAAAAUAUUAGGACAUAAAUUGUUUAUACCUACUGUAGUAUUUUUGUGAGUGUUAUUAGUAUCAUUAGGAACUGCAAUAUAUGGUACUUUUCAAAAAAUAACUGCUGGACAAGAUCAACAUUAUGAUUUUACUUUAUUUCUUGUAUUAUAUGAUAUAUAAAUUGUCAUAUUCAUAAUAUGGUUAUCUUUUAUUUAUAUAAAACUUAUUAAACAUAAAAGAAUUUUAAAGAAGAAAGUUUUGAAUGGAUAA